AUGGUAAGGACCGUUUAUUCAAUACUGGUGAAGGACAAAUACAAAAUGUAGCUUGGUACUAACACUAGCUUAGUAGUGAAUAAUUUGUUAUUUAUGUCAAUAUAUGAGCUGUACAUGUUUGAUUAUUUAUCAACAUUUUUAUAAUUUAAAUUUUUGACUAGGGUACUUAAUUUUGCGUGUGUAUAUUUAGCGAGGUUUUUAUUUGCGAUGAUUUGAUUUUGCAUUUUUUUACAAGUGCUAAAAACGCAAAGUAAAAGGCAGGCGAAAUAGUACCACUAAUGUACCUUACAUUUUGUAUAUUUUUUUAUUAAUCAUUGAAUAAAAGCUGCGUAUAUGUUAAGUUUUGCGAAGAUACUAUAGAGAGCUACUUUUAAUAACUUUAGGUCAAAGCAGGAACUGAUCCCAGUUUGAAAAUGAAUAUAUCAAAGACCCCUUGUAUAAUUUGUCUGCAGCCUGGAGGUAGUUCGAUGGUUUUAAAGUCUGAGAGACGAUGUUUUGAAAUGAUUAGAAAUUUUGCAACAAAGCGUGCUGCAUUUGGAGAAUCAAAAUUUGCAAACCUUUCACAAAGAAUAAAGGAGCUCCCUGACCAAGAACAAUUUGUAAGUAGUUACCAUUCUUCUUGCUACAAGGAUGUUGUUCACUCAGGUAAGAUGAAAAGAGCCGAAAAGUGAUUUCAAGAACGUUCAGUUGAUCCGUUGCACCACCGAAAAGAGGCCGUCCUUCUUCAAGUAUAUUAUCCACAACAGAAUCUAGUAGCAGUUGUUCCAGAAGAUCGGCAGAAAAAACAAACCUCAAACAUUGUGUUUUUCAGUGUGGGGAGGCAGACAAGGGGGAACUUCAUCGAGUCGAAAGUUUGAGCAUGGGAGAACGAUUUAUGUUUCUAAAAGAGAACAGCCCAGAUGAAAAUUGCAGAAUUGCUUUAGCGAGUAUCAAUGACCCUAGACUGUGUUGCAGCUGAUCUUUUUUACCACAGAAAUUGUUUACGGAACCAAGAGAGAAAGUCAAAAAAGAAUGAAGAUGAAAGUGUGCAUAGAAUAGGUCAGUACAUUGCUGAUAUCGAAAUAAUAAAUGAACUCAAUAGUUUGUUUGAGAAUGGCGUAGUCAGCAAUAUGAAGCUUUUAAGCGAGUAUGAUGCAAACACUGGAUCGACUGACAGAAAAAAGUAUCUGAAAAGCCUUAUUACGAAGAACAUUCCUGAUGCAGAAUUUGUAAAGGCUUACAGGAAAAAUGUGAGUGAGCGGAUCUUAAGCAAAAGAUCGCUUGGCGAUGCUGUUAAUGAAUUUGAAGAAUAUGUAGAUGAUGAAGAGGAUAUAAAGUGCCUUUCAAAAGCUACUGCUGUAAUCAGACGUAAAUUAUCCAAAGCGGCUAAGUGGAGGUUUGAGGGAUCAAUGAAUGACUUUGAAGCGCUGAAAGAAUUAUUUUCCUUUAUCAAAUGGGUUCUAAUUGGAACUAAAUCACAAGCUAUCGGAAAUGUUUGUGAGGUUACCAACACAGAGGUUACCAACACAGAGGCAACAAACGUUAUUGCACAACAGGUUAUGAAUAACUACAAAACAGACAGACAAGUAACCUACAACCCGCUCGUGAAAGAUACAAAAUAUAGAAAAUGCAGCAAAACGCCCCUUUCUGUUGGCCUUUCCCUCAUGGUCCACAAACAGACAGGAAGCAAGAAACUGGUGGACACUCUGUCGAAGUUAAACUUAUGUAUUGGUUAUGAAUCUACUAUAAGUCCCGAAAAACGUAUUGCAACUGGUGUGGCUGAGCGCAUGGAACAGAAUGGUGGUUUCUUUCUUCCGCACUUUAUCAAUAAGGAAAAGCAGCCAUUCUUUGCAAUAGACAAUAUAGACUUUCUAGAGUGCACGCCUGAUGGCCAGAAUACUCUACAUGGGACUAUAAUAGUUGUAAAUCAAGGUAAAAUUGAAGAUGGCACUGCAGUAAACGAUCCCCUUGUCAUUCCAAGCAAAUCGAAGACAAUAGAUAUUUGUAUUGCCAAUGAAGUUGCUCCUCAAAUUCUACCACCAAAGGACGGACCGAGGUUCCACAACUACAGCUUCGAUUUAGAUCAAACGUUAUUACAAAAAUACAAGAUAUUGGACGCAGUAUGGUUUUUUGCAUGUUAUACGCACUGGAAGAUGGCAACAAAGUCUAUAUUUAGCACUGAUGAUAAUGCUCAUGAAGAAAAUAUGGAAGAAGAAUGUCAAAGUGCUCCAUUACAACCACACAAGCGAGGUAGAGGAAUGCCGACUUGGGCAGCUACAAACUCCCUUUUGCUUUCUGCUAAGGAGAGGUCUUUACCUUGCACUCCUUCCUGUGUGAUUAGGCAAAAAAAAAAUAUGUGGGUUUCCGGUUUCCCGACCCUACCUAGCUUUUGGACGUUGAAAUCCCAACCCUAAACUUUUUUAUUGGAUCGUGCUUGUAAGUGUUUCCACUUAGAGGAAAAAGUUUGUGGAAAAUUGAAAUUUGAGGCAAUAUUAGGGAAAUUUAUCUUUGGAUGUGGAAGCACUGACAAACAAAAUGGCGUCCGCUUGUUCGGAAAAUUAAAAAAAAAGUUUAAAAAAAAAGUUAUAACCGACCUACCCUACCUACGUUUUUAUAAGAAGAAACCCACAUAUUUUUUUUUGGCCUUACCUAUACUUAUAUUGCAUUGACAUUUAUAUUACAGUGAACUAUAAUUGCAGAUGUUUUAUGAUUAUUGUACAUUAUUUUUGGUGCCCCCCCCUAACUUUCUUUGAUAUUUUUGGUAGCCCUCCCUAACUGGUUGAUAAAUUUUUGGUGGCCCCCCAAAUAUCUUCCGCCCCCCCCCUGGCAUUAAUAAUGACUGCUCCCUAAAUAAUAAACUAUCAGAUCCUUCGUUAGGUCCAAAAAAGUGGUGGAGUUACAUUAAAUUCACUCUUAAUAAUAAAAGUAAUCACACCACCUAUUAAAGAGGACGCUGAGAUUGUUUUUGACUCGAAAGAAAAAGCGGACUUAUUCAAUGACUACUUUGUUAAUCAAUCUAGAAUUAACAAUAGUAAUUGUCAGUUGCCAUUAUUAACUUAUUUCCAGUCUGAUAAAACAUUAUCAAUAAUUCGUACAACAGAACAAGAAGUUCUGAUGUUACUGGAGAAGGUUGAUAUUUCAAAAGCUGGUGGUCCUGAUGGUAUUGGAAACAAGAUCCUUAAACGAACUAGUAAUGGCAUUAAAAAAUCAUUUACAAAUUUACUUAAUUUAAGCUUUCAAAAAGGAGAAUAUCCCACUGAAUGGAAAAGGGCCAACGUAAGUCCUAUAUACCAACAGCAACAGCAACACCGCCGCCGCCGCCACCACCACCACCACCAUCACCACCAUAUUGUUAUAGGAAAACGAACAAGAAACAAAACACCAACAAAUAG